GUCUCUUUAUCCUCCAUCCCUAGCCCCCUGUCCUCCUCCCCACCCCCGUAGUGCGGCCCUCGACGGCUUUAUUCUCCAUCCCUCGCCCCCUGCCUUCCUCCCCACCCACCCCUAUAGUGUGGCCCUCGACGGCCUUAUUCUCCAUCCCUCGCCCCCUACCCUCCUCCCCACCCCCAUAGUGCGGCCCUCGACGGCCUUAUUCUCCAUCCCUCGCCCCCUGCCUUCCUCCCCACCCCUGUAGUGCGGCCCUCGACGGCCUUAUUCUCCAUCCCUCGCCCCCUGCCCUCCUCCCCACCCCUGUAGUGCGGCCUUCGACGGCCUUAUUCUCCAUCCCUCGCCCCCUGUCCUCCUCCCCACCCCUAUAGUGCGGCCCUCGACGGCCUUAUUCUCCAUCCCUCGCCCCCUGCCCUCCUCCCCACCCCUGUAGUGCGGCCUUCGACGGCCUUAUUCUCCAUCCCUCGCCCCCUGCCUUCCUCCCCACCCCUAUAGUGCGGCCCUCGAUGGCCUUAUUCUCCAUCCCUCGCCCCCUGCCUUCCUCCCCACCCCUAUAGUGCGGCCUUCGACGGCCUUAUUCUCCAUCCCUCACCCCCUGCCUUCCUCCCCACCCCUGUAAUGCGGCCCUCGACGGCCUUAUUCUCCAUCCCUCGCCCCCUGUCCUCCUCCCCACCCCUAUAGUGCGGGCCUCAACGGCCUUAUUCUCCAUCCCUAGCCCCCUGCCCUUCUCCCCACCCCUAUAGUGCGGCCCUCGACGGCCUUAUUCUCCAUCCCUCGCCCCCUGCCCUCCUCCCCACCCCAGUAGUGUGGCCCUCGACAGCCUUAUUCUCCAUCCCUAGCCCUCCUCCUCGCCCCCUCCCCGUGAUUUGGGGUGGAGGGAUGGCCUCUCCGACCAGGCAAGAUUGGGGGUCCGGUGGCUCCGGCCUGCUGCGGGGGAGUCGGACCCGCUCCUACGGGAGCCUGGUGCAGUCGGCCUGCUCGCCCGCAAGGCAGCGGCUACUACAGCACCGCCUGGAGCCCGGAGACACGCUGGCCGGGCUGGCGCUCAAGUACGGGGUGACGAUGGAACAGAUCAAGCGAGCGAACCGCCUGUACACCAACGAGUCCAUCUUCUUGAAGUCGAGCCUCACCAUCCCCGUCCUCACCCAGCCCCGUGGGCUGCUUCACGGACUGGACUCGGACUCAGAGGAGGAGGAGGAGGAGGAGAAGGCGGCGGCGAUGGGGGCCGAGGCCGCGUCCGAGGAGAAAGGCCCGACCCCCGCCCUGGCCAACGGGGACAGCCCCCGGCCCACCCACGACCUCUCGGCCUCCGAUUUCUUCAAGAAGCUGGACUCCGAGAUCAGCCUGUCCAAGAAGGCGGCCGCCAGGAAGCUGAAGAAGGGGGAGAGCAGGAUCCCCAGAGAAGCAGCCCCUGGCGUGAGCCCGAGCUCGCCCAAGACCCAACGGCGGCAGCAGCAGCAGCGGGCCCUCCUGGGCCCCGUCCCCCUGACCCGGACCUCCCGGACCGCUUCCCUUCGAGACCAGGAGGAUGAAAUCUUCAAACUCUGACCCGGGGGGCCCCCCCCCAGGGUUAGCCCCCUACCCCUCUGCACUGCCCCCACCCUCUCUCCCUCCCCUAAUUUAUCUGGUGCUAUGUUAGUGAUAUUUAUUUGGUCGGUGUCUUGUUCCCCGCCCCAGCCCCUCCACGUUUCUGGGCCAGCAGGGGCCUCGGCCAAGGGGGGGGUGACGGGGUGGUCACGGCCCCCGACCCCCUGGGCUGGAUGCAUCUGUGGAGACCCCCGCACACCCCCGGCCCUAUUCCGAAAACAAGCUGAGGAGGGGGCGGCGGCGGCGGCGGUCCACCCCGCCAACCUUCUGGGUGCAGAGGGGCCGCCACGCUGCUCCGUUUCCCACGCAGGCCGGGGGCGGGCGGGGGUCCCGCGGGAGCCCCUGCCACCUGGGUUGUUGGGGGGAGCUGGGGGACCCCCCCCACCUCGGAUCGGGCCCGGCCUGGAAGGCAUUAAACAA